AUGGCGACAAAAUAUAGAAAAAUUGAAAUAAGUUUCAACAUUUUAUAUCUUUUAAUAUUAGUCUAUCAAUUUACUAGAUCUCAAAGUGAAACGUUUAGUUUUAGCUUAUGGCACUAUGGAUUUUGGAAUAAGGAAUUUUUCGUCUGCUCAGAAGAUUUCAAGAAAAAUGUUACUGUUCCUGGCAACAGCGCGUUGGAAUGCGCCUUGGAGUGUGCCUCGAGGGACCCCUCGUGUCUGUCCUUCAAUUUUCUUUCAGAUGAAAAGGCCUGUCAGAUAUUUCCAACUUGGUCAAAACAUUUCAGAGUAGAGAACCAAACCAACAUAACGUGUCUAUAUUUUUUUCAGAGCAGGAAAAAUUGUUUGAAAGUUUUGUAA